ACGCUGCUGUAACUUAUCGCUUCCGCACAGACUCGUUCAGUAAACGUUCACACCUGGUCGUAAACCAGUGUAAAUGUUUUAGUUUUACUUUAUACUCACAGUUUAUUAUUAUUAUGAUUAGAGAAGUUGCUUUAGCUCUCUAGUGGAUGGAAGUGUCAGGAGUCGUCAGCCUGUUAGCUUAGCACAAUGUGAGAUAGCCGGUCACAGCAGUAGCUGCGUGUUUAGCAAGCUAGCGUUAACAUUUAAUAAUUAAUAAUAAUAGGACAACGUUUGUGAAUCUUUGUUGUCACCAUGGCUGAUAGUUUGUUUAAAGUAAGUCCGUUACUAGUUGCACUUGAUAAGGAGAAAACUAUUUACGACGGUUUCAUCUCAGUACAGGAAAAGGACUUCAGGUUAAGAAUAACUUUGCCUCCAGAUCAUCAGCUGAAACAGGCAAAAUUGCACUGUUCCUGGGAGAUGAAACAACUGCUGAAAAAUUAUCAGCACAUUUUAAAACAGAGGUUGCAACAUUCUUCAGAUUUGGUUAGUUUUAUUUUGGAGCUGAGGACAAUACUGGAAGUGGCAUUAAAGAACCAGGCGGGAUGGCAGUCUUUCCCACCACCUCAGUUUUAUUCCAGGCUUAUUACUGAGAUUGACAGUCUUGGAUGGGAUAUGUUGCUUUUUAUUGAUACCGACUUCCACACACUUAAGCUGAAGGGUGAGGAUUCCAGUCAUCGCCAGCACGUCUGCACAGUCAAACUCAAGUCUAAGUACCCAGCUGAAGCUCCCGAAUGCUCGGCUGACCUGCCCAUCCCAUUGGCCAUCACAUGGACUCCUCAGAGCACUCUAGCCCACAUCCAUAGCCAGUUCCUGCUGAUUGUGGAGGCCUUGGCAGAAUUCUGGGCUGUGAUGGAUGAAAUAGAUGAGCACACCUGGGUUCUGGAACCUGAAAAACCCUCUAGAGCAGACACUAUGAGGAGGAUUGCCAUUGGAAACAACGUUUCUAUAAAGGUCGAGAUCGACCCCAGACAUCCUAAGAUGUUGCCGGAGUGCUGUUUGCUUGGUGCUGAGCAUGUGGUAACCCCCCUGAGGAAUAAGCUGAACGCUAACAUGCAUUUAUGGAAUCCUGCCUGCAGUGUCCUGCAAAAUAUGAAAGAUGUUAUGGAGAUCGAAUUCCCAUCGCCUACCACCCACGAAAAAUCUAGUUUCAGUAUGGAGUGCGGCAUUUGCUAUUCCUAUCGGCUGGACUCUGCCAUUCCAGAUCAGGUGUGCAAUGACCCACGCUGCGGCCAGCCGUUUCACCAGGCCUGUCUCUAUGAGUGGCUGAGAGGUUUGCCCAGCAGUCGCCAGAGCUUUAACACCGUGUUUGGAGAAUGUCCUUACUGCAGCAAGCCAAUCACAGUGAAAAUGGCCGUACAAAAACCAUGAUCACCUCGCUACAAAGACUUCAUUUUACUGCUACAUGUUUAGAUUUGAAACUAAACAUUGUGUAUUAAAAGUUCAUUAAAACCAACCAGAACAAGACCAAUGAUGUGACAACGAUGCCGACAUACAUUCUAAAGCUCCGCUGCAUAUCAGGCUUGUUUUUCAAGUUUUCUUUAUUGUCCUCCUCCUCCUCCCAGUGUCUGUAGUCCCAGAAAUCCUCCUCCUCCUCCUCAUCACUAGCUCUUGCACAGUGGUCUUCCGGGCUGAACCUGUAGUAAAGUUGACUUUGUUGAUUCUUCAUGGACUGUCGGGCUUCUGUUCUCUUCGGCCUGUAUACUGGAGCUGACUUUUUCAGCAAGAUAAAGACACAGCAUGUGUUGCAUUUUUCCAUGACAGAGAUACUUGGCUGGUGUUGUAUUAAUCUGGCCCAAAUGACCACAUAAAUAUACAUUCCAAAUGUGCAAUUCUUCCAAAUUAAUAAAACUUAUUUUCAUACUU